GAUGUCCUCAUAAUGCAGUCACAAAGUCUGCCACAUUGGAUAUUUCCAUCUAAGGCUCUCAUGUUCAAGCCUUUCAAAUAUUCUUUAAAAUGUCUAAAGCUUGCUGGUAAUUUGUGAUAUAAAAGCUGCAGUAAACAGCGUAGGAUGACAGAAGCAUGCCAUUAGAAAGACACGUGUUGCCGGCAGAGAUUUGUUUUCAGCAAAGGAUUACAAAGCCUGCAAAGCUGUAGGGUGUGGGGUGCUGAUGAGGUUCAGGAAACAUCGCAGAUCUACAAUUAUUCACAAGAUACUUUCAGCUUCUCAUUUGGAAUGGUGGCCAAGGUGGGCAACUGAAACAGACCAGCACUUCUGAACAGGAUAAAAGGUUAGAGCAAAUUAAGCAGCUUUGGACAUUGCUGUUUAUAUGUGUGUGUCUACUUGUGUACCUGCACACAAAAGGUAAAUGCUCCAACAAAAUGCCAGGGCUUAUUAACCGACAUAACAAUCUCAAUCUGCCAUUAAAAGCAUCUGAAGUCACAUCUUGUAUGAUAGGCUACAGCCUGGGAAUGUCAGCAUCUUUAGUUUAUACCAACAUGGAUGAUCAUCCUGUUGAAGCUUUAUUUAUUUAUCCCUUGGAUGAAUUCACUACUGUGAUUGGAUUUGAAGCAAUGAUUUCUGGACGCAUUAUAACAAUGCAUAUAAAGGACAAAGCUAAAAUAGAUAAUUGUAAUUUUGACUGUUGUAACAGCUCAUCCAGAUCCUUUCAGAAAUGCCAAGAUCACUUUAUUCUUGAUGAAGAUUUAGAACGCAUAUUAUUUACUGUGAACUUCGGCAUCAUCCCACCACUUGAAACAGUAACUGUGCUGAUUAAUACUUCCUUGGAGCUGCAAACUCUGCCCAAUGGGACAGUUAGGCUACAACUUCCAUCCUUGUAUGUCCCCAAGGUGACUUCUUCUAGAACUGAUGAACAGAGUUCAACUGAAAAUGAGCUCAAAAGCAAAGAUAGAUUUCGAAGUGGCUUCACCCCUCAGCACCAAAGUGGGAACUCGUUGGUACAACACUUGGACAAUGAGGUCACCAAUCCUACUACAUAUGACUUUAGUUUCAAGCUUGAAAUCAGAGCACCCUGCUUGCUGGCAGGUGUGGAAAGUCCAACUCACUCAAUCCGAGCUGAUGCAGACCCCUCAGCAUUUUGUGCUUCCAGUGUGAUGAUUACGUUGGCAGAGGAACAUACCUUUGACAGACCUGUGGAAAUCAUCAUACACCCGAGUGGUAGGGAAGGAUUUCAGUUCAAAUUUUACACUGGCGCUCAGAUCCACACUGUGGCCAAUGGGGCUCGGAUCCACACUGUGACGAAUGGCGCUCAGAUCCACACUGUGGCCAAUGGGGCUCGGAUCCACACUGUGAGGAAUGGCGCUCAGAUCCACACUGUGACCAAUGGGGCUCAGAUCCACACUGUGACCAAUGGGGCUUGUAUCCACACUGUGACGAAUGGUGCUCAGAUCGACACUGUGACCAAUGGGGCUCAAAUCCACACUGUGACCAAUGGGGCUCAGAUCGACACUGUGACCAAUGGGGCUUGGAUCCACACUGUGACCAAUGGCGCUCAGAUCCACACUGUGACCAAUGGGGCUCGGAUCCACACUGUGACCAAUGGCGCUCAGAUCCACACUGUGACCAAUGGGGCUUGGAUCCACACUGUGACCAAUGUGGCUCGGAUCCACACUAUAUUUGGAAGUUCCUCUGGUGCAGUGUCUGAGAUCAUUAGAAAACGCCUCAACAAAGAUAUUGGGCACAAUCCUGUCAUCAUGUUGAAUUUCUGUCCUGAUUUGAAGACUGUUUCCCCAGAUUUAAGGAUGGCACAGGGCGAGUUCAUUUUUCUAAUAGACUGUAGUGGAAGUAUGAGUGGAGUGAAUAUCAGCUGUGUCAAGGAUGCGAUGCUGGUAGUCUUGAAGAGUCUCAUGUCCUCAUGUCUCUUUAAUAUAAUUGGAUUUGGUUCCACUUUUCGGACCUUGUUCCCAGCUAGCAGGUCUUACAAUGAAGAGGCACUGGCUGUAGGCUGUGACUAUAUCAGGAAACUCCGGGCUGACAUGGGAGGAACAAAUUUACUAGCACCUCUGAAUUGGAUCUUCCGCCAACCAAUUCAGAGAGAGCACCCACGGCUGCUGUUUAUCCUGACGGAUGGCUCUGUCAGUAACACUGGGCGAGUGAUAGAGUUAAUCCGGAAUCAUGCACGUACAAGCAGGUGCUAUACUUUUGGAAUUGGACAGAGUACUUGCAGAAGAUUGGUUCAGGGAUUAGCCUCUGCUUCCAAAGGAGCAGCAGAAUUUCUCGCAGAAGGGGAAAGGUUACAGCCAAAGAUGAUAAAAUCACUGAAGAAAGCAAUGGCCCCUGUUCUCAGUGAUAUCACCAUAGAGUGGUUCUUUCCUGCAACAACUGAGGUACUCCUUUCACCAGCGGAACCAACUUUCUUAUACCCUGGAGACAGACUAAUUGGAUAUUGCGUAAUGUGCGACACAUCAAGGUAUCAUGCUAAUCUCAAAUCAGACAAACAGCGUAGGUACAGCAUGAUGUGGUCUCAGGAAUCCAACAGUUCUGUGUUUUACCAUUCUCAAGAGGAGGAGUCCGGCCGGAUAAACUCUGAAAAUUUGAGCAGCUGUAGAGAUUCCGUAAUGGACUCUAUAAAUGACCAACCUCAAGAUGUGAUGUCUACUAAUGAAGGCCAAGAAAAUGAAGGUAUUGAAUCAAAAUUGUCUCCCAGAAGAAGAGCAUUCAGUACAAAUCACACAAUCAGAAAUGAUACCUCGAAGAGAAUGUUCACCCCGAGUGACCCGUCUUCAGCAUUUGAUAAACAUCCUCUCCGGCGAGCAAGAGCUCAACAGCUUGUUGGUUGUAGCAGCCCAGAAAGUGUCUGUCCUUGGCAAAGGCAAUUUCAGAUAAAUGUAGUGGGCUCCUGCACAAGUGCCACAAGGUCAAGGCUUGUUGGAAAAAGGAGACCAUCUUUACUGCAUCAGAACUGUGUUUCAAGUAGCCAAGAUUCAGAUGUACAAUCGAGUCUGCAGAAGUUAGCCACGGGGGAUUACAUAGUGCACAGUGAUGGUAGCACCAACACUGGGUCAUCCAUAGAGAGUUCUUUGAUUGGCAACUGUUCAGAAUCUGGGCAGUUUCACCAUCUGCCAUCAACUCUUGAUACUGAAUCAGUCCUUGAAGACCAGAAUGUGUCAGUGAUAGAAAACUUAGCCAAUAGCUGCAAAGCACUCAUUUCAGGGCUAUUGUGUGGUGAAGUUAUUCAAUGGGAAGUUGGAUUUGAUCUUCAAUCCUAUCUUCAGCGCACAGCCAAUAGUAAUGUGGAAGAUCUGUGGAGUGAAACAAUCCAUCACUUGGCAGCUAAGUCUAUCAUCAGAGAUUUUGAACAAAUGGCUGAAAGAGAAUGUGAAAUUGAAUAUGGUUCUGGAAGGAGAUACCAACUGAAUGCAAUUCACACUAGCAAGGCGUGCAAUAUCAUUAGCAAGUACACAGCUUUUGUACCAAUGUAUCUGGACAACAAUGAAUACCUGACAAAUAUUAUAGCAUGUUCAAACACAGCUGGAACAAAAUGGAACAAUCAAAGGAGGUCACGCUCUGGAAGCUGCAGGCACAGAGAUUACUCUAUUGGUCUUGGCCGUUCUCAAUCUGAAUACGAAGCUGAUGGAGUUGACGAUGGCUUUUCCACUUUAUCAAUGGAGAACUGUAGUCAAUCCCCUUGUAGUAGCUCACCCUCUUCAGGAUGGGAGAGAUACAGCUUCACCGAUGCAUCAGUGAGAAGCCCUUCAGUUUCAUCACAACGUUCUGCAGAAAGCCUAUUUACUACGAGGUUGAACCUUGGUAAAACCCGAAUGUUGACUCAAGCUGCAAAAGGGUUUCUGUGCAGAUCAGUCAGUAAGAUGAGCGAGUCUGCCUGUGAGCCAGAGACUGAGAACAAUGACUACCUACCACUGAUUAAUUUGCAGUUGGCAUCGGGAGCUUUCUUGCUUAAUCUGGCUUUUUGUGAAGCCAUUAAUAUUCCCAUGGAGCAGCUGAAAUGGACCUCACCCUUUACAUGUCAUCGAUCAAACGCCAGUCCCGGCUCUCGUGGUCAUUGCAGUACUUUCCAUGACAAAAGAGCAGUGCAGCGUGAUGAAGAGAAUGGAAACAGAGAAACCUUCCCCCCCCGUCAGAAAGAAACUGGGAAAAUGGCAGCAUUGAAUUAUUUGGGAUUGGAAGAAUGCCGAGGUGGUUUAGAACAGUUAGGACCGCGUCACUUUUCAAGCAGUUUAGUUGAAAUCCAAUCCAAGGUUAUGAGUGGCAGUCCCGAUCUUCUCCCUCCAGCUGUAAUUGUGCGGCGAUUCUCAUCUCCAGGAAAUCCUGAGGCAUCUAGUGCUCUGCAGACUGACAGUGGCAGAGGGUCUGAAACAGACAGCAGUAAUAUUUCAUUCUCAACAACUUCCAGUGAACUUCAACAGUUCACGGAUCCAGAGGGAACAGUCUGGUCCACAGCUGUUGCCUUAGCCUGGUUGGAGCACAGCUCUGCUGCUUAUUUCAUUGAGUGGGAGCUGGUGGCUGCAAAAGCCAGUAUGUGGCUGGAUACACAGGUUAUACCAGAGGGUCGUGAACUGGCCACUGUAAAAGCUUCAGCCAGACAGCUAUUUGUUCUGUUAAGGCAUUGGGAUGAAAACCUGCAGCUGAAUAUGUUGUGCUACAACCCAAACAGUGUUUAAAUGUUUUGCCUCAGUAUAGCUGAAUUCUCAAUCUUUUUUCUUAACAAUGUUCUUUGCAAAUUUAGAAAUCAUUAAAUUAUUAAUAAAUGGCCUAAGGUUUACACUAACUUUUGCCUUAUGGUUCUUUUGAAGACAUCCCUCAUUUUGUGAGUGCAUUGGUCCAGGCUGGGGCGUUCUGUAUUGACCCUCACUGUCAGUCUGCAUUGUUGAGAGGGUUGAUAUCAUUGGGUUGGUUUUAUCGAAUUGUUCUGAUAAUUAAAGCAGUAUUUCAAAUUUGUGACUUAGUUAUAUGUGUUCGACAAAAAUGUUUCUUUACUGUAAGCUUUUAAUGUCAUGAAUGGUUUAACAAAAGAGUACAGGGUGAUUCAUGUCCCUUCAGUAUUCAUCUCCUUGGGUUUGUUGAAUAAAACAAUGGUACAGUUUAACCGGAGUGGACUCAUGCCAAUUUUAAAGUGUACACUUUGGAUUAAUUAUAAAAAUUGCCAUUAAAAUUGUUUUUCUACAGGUUAACUCAUGGAUUUUUAUAAUUUUCCUGAUACAAAUGGAUGGAAGUUUGGGAAAAAUAAAGAAAGUAAAUAAUUGGCUUUAAAGAAUUUUAGCUGAGGUCACAUGGUGGUUAACUGGCAUGAUCAAGUUGUCCAAUAUAAGUGAAGAGUUAAAACUGGUAAGGUGUUGAAGGUGGCCAGCCUAAUCCUGUUACAUUUCCCCUGGGGUUAUUGGUUAAUGUUACCCCCAUGACUCUUUACUGAUUUCUUUUGAUACUAAUCCAUGACAGCCUAACACAUUCAUCUGAGAUUCCUUUCAUACCUUUGCUAAAAUACUGCAGUGGAGAUAAACAGCACACAAUCAAAUUUAGUCUUAAAACACUGAUCAUGCAAAGUAACUUCAGGCUGAGAGGAAUUUUAACACUGAUGAUAGUGUGGGCAGCCCAAUUCUUCCAUUAACUUCACCAGUGGCAGCUCGUUAGAUAGUUUUCAAAGUUAAAUGUACCCUAAUGUAUUUAGGAAAAUUGCCCCUAAGAAAGUGGUGGUGAACUAUCUUCUUGAGCUAGUGAAUGCAUUCAGGAACUACCAUAGUGUUGUUAAGAACAGAGUUCCAGGAUUUUGACCCAGUCAUACUGGAGGAACAUAUAUACUUCCAAGUCAGGAUGGUG